CAUUCUAUUCCCGACGUUUACGCCGAAAAUGCUCAGCUCAUGGAUGUUAAUUGUCACGCCGAGGCUACUUGGUUACUUUCGACCAGCGUCCGUCUACGCAAGCUAAUUAAUAUUCAUAAGCCAAGCCUCACCGAUUACGCUCUCGGAGCCACGCCCCGUCCCCCGCCGCAUGGAUGUUUCAGUCCAGCAUCUCUGAGCUGACCACAGGAAGGAUUUGGCCUCGCUGCACAGAAGGACGACACGCACAUCUGCUUGCAAUAUACUGGGUAAAGACCUAGAAUUAUUAAACCUGACCAUGGCGAACCGAGGACCCAGUUAUGGACUGAGCCGUGAGGUGCAGGAGAAGAUCGAGCAGAAGUAUGACCCAGAGCUGGAGUCUCGACUGAUGGACUGGAUUGUUGCUCAGUGUGGAGGAAAUAUAGAGAAACCACAGCCGGGGAAGCAAAACUUUCAGAACUGGCUAAUGGAUGGCACUAUCCUCUGUAGACUCAUUAACAGUUUGUAUCCACGUGGUAAGGAGCCUAUUAAGAAGAUCCCAGAGACUCCGAUGGCCUUUAAGCAGAUGGAAAAGGUCUCCCAGUUCCUGCAGGCAGCUGAAGCUUACGGAGUAAUAACCACAGACAUUUUUCAGACAGUGGACUUGUGGGAAGGAAAAGACAUGGCAGCCGUCCAGAGAACUCUAAUGGCCCUGGGUAGCGUCGCUCUCACAAAAGACGAUGGACAUUACCGAGGUAACCGGGACUGGUUUCACAGGAAAUCUCAAGGCAACCGGCGAGAGUUUUCUGAGGAGCAGUUGCGGCAGGGUCAGAAUCUGAUUGGCUUACAGAUGGGUGGUAACCAUGGGGCAUCUCAGGCUGGCAUGACUGGUUAUGGCAUGCAUCGGCAGAUUAUGUAAAUCUAUAGUGCCCAGCAACUUGCCUAAAAGACCAAGAAGACCUUAAACGCCCUCACCAAUAAGUGGUCUUUGAUGGUGCAUCUAUUUGAUGAAGAAGAGCAGUCUUAGUAACGUCAAAAACU